AUGACGACCCCAGGCAACACCAAAGAUGCCAUUGAGCAUGUCGAGCACAUUACGCCUGUACGCAAUAUCGUGAAACCAGACACAGCUGCUCAAUUCCUAGCCAAUGCCCAUGUUGCAAAUGCAUCGUCCUUCACGUAUGAGGAAGAGCGGGCGGUGCUACGGCGCAUCGACCUCCGCGUCCUCCCCCUCCUCCUGGGUGCCUACUUCUUCCAACAACUCGACAAAUCCUCUCUCUCCUACGUCUCUAUCUUUGGUCUUCAAGCUGACGCCAAGCUCGUCGGCCGUCAAUACUCAUGGCUAGGCUCUAUUCUCUAUCUUGCCCAGCUCGUCAUGCAACCUCUCGCAGCCUUCAUUCUCGUCAAGCUACCCACUGGAAAAGUAAUCGCAGCCGCCAUCUUCCUCUGGGGCAGCAGUCUCGCCAUCAUGGCCGCAUGCACGGAUUUCCCAUCCCUCCUCGGUCUCCGCUUCGUCCUCGGUUCCUUUGAAGCAAUGAUUGCCCCCGCCUGCGUCGCUACCACGACCAUGUGGUGGCGUCGCAGCGAGCAAACGUUACGCACUGCCUACUGGAACGCCAUGAACGGUGUGACUUUUAUUGUCGGCUCGCUAUUCACCUACGGACUUGGCCAUAUCCACAGCGAAACGAUGUUCAAGUACCAAAUCAUCUUCCUCUUCUGUGGUCUUCUGACCGUCGUCUACGCCUUCGUUGUCCUGGUCUUCAUGCCAGAUUCCCCGAUGAAGGCAAAGUAUCUGUCCGAACGCGAACGCAUCAUUGCCGUUGAGCGGCUCCGCGCCAACCAGAUGGGCAUCCAGUCUGGCGACUGGAAAUGGGAACAGGUCUGGGAAACGCUGAUUGACUUCAAAACCUGGUGUUGGUUCAUCGCCAUCAUUGCCAUUUCCAUUGCCAGCGGCGGCAUCUCGACGUUUGGAAACCUGAUCAUAAGAGACUUUGGGUAUACCAACUUUCAAUCGAUUCUAUUCAAUAUCCCCUUUGGCGUUAUCCAGAUCGUUGCCAUUCUCGGAUCGUCGUACGGUGCGACGAGAUUCAAGCAAAAGGGCCUGGCGAUUUCGCUGGUCGCUAUAUUGCCGAUUAUCGGCACAGUCAUGAUGCUCACGGUGCCUCGCAAGCACAAGGGCGCCUUGUUAUUCGGAUACUACCUCGUGAGCUGUCUUGCCGCCAUCACGCCCAUCAUUUAUACAUGGCACGUGCAGAACACGGCGGGCGAUACAAAGAAAAAGUGCACGUCGGCCAUGGUGUUCAUCGGCAUGUGCACAGGCAAUGUCAUUGGGCCGCUACUGUACUCGGUCGACGAUGCGCCACUAUACCGACCCGGGCUGAUAUCUAAUCUCGUCAUGUUCAUUCUCGUGGCCAUUAUCGCGAUGCUGAUUCCCAUGUACUUGGCGCUGCUUAACAAGAGGCAUGCGAAGAGGAGGGAGGCACUCGGGAAGAGUGCGGUGAGGAUCGAUGAGAGUAUGCUGAAGAAGAACGAGAUGGUGCAGGGUAAGGGCGUCGAGCUGGAGAGCGGAGAAGUGGAAGGUGGACGGCAGGAGCGAGAUUUAGGAUUCUCGGAUUUGACGGAUAUGCAGAAUGAAGAUUUCAUAUACGUUUACUGA